CGUUGACUUUAUGUGAAUGGCAAACUCGUUGGUUGCUAACACGUGCGCGGUUGUUUUUCGUAGAUUGUUUUUAAUAUAUAAUUGACUUAAACGUUGUAAUUAGUUAAAAUGUCGAUUAGAGAGAAGCUGCUUAUGAAGAAAAUCGUGAAGCGUGAGAAAAUGAAGAAGGAGCUCUCACAGAAGAAGGGCAAAAGCAAACAGCUCGCUCCAGAACCGCCCGCAAUCAAACAAGGCAAAGGAAAGCCGAACAAGCAGAAGCCUCAAAAGAAACGAGCUGUAGAAGAGGAUGAUGAUGAUUUGGAGGAUGAUUUCCAAGAGCAGCCACAGCCCAAAAAGAAGCAGCAGCAACAGAAAAAGAAACCACAAAUUCAGGUGGCAAAUUCGGACUCCGAAUCGGAAUCCGAUGAAGAGGACGACGAUGUGGUGAAAGGCAGCGAUGCUGAGGAUGAUGACGAGGACGACGAUGAGAUCGAUAGUGAUGCUGCCGACUCACCUGACUCAGAGGAAGAGGAUGAGGAGGAGGAAGAUGUGCCGGUGCCUGCCAAGAAACCCAAGCUGAAGGGAAAAGCUGGCACCACAACGAACGGCAAAGCAGCAGCGGAUGACAACGAAACGCCCUUCUCGGUGGAGUCUUCGUUAUCCGCCUUGGACAUGCGCGAUUCCGAUGAUCGUAGCUUCGCUUCGCUGAAAGGCGCUGUCUCCGAGGCAACGUUACGUGCAAUUACCGAAAUGGGUUUCAGUGAAAUGACCGAAAUCCAGUCCAAGUCACUGACGCCGCUGCUCAAGGGCCGCGAUCUUGUGGGUGCUGCCCAAACGGGUUCGGGCAAAACGUUGGCCUUCCUCAUUCCCGCCGUGGAGCUGAUCAACAAGCUGCGUUUUAUGCCACGCAACGGCACUGGUGUUAUUAUCAUUUCACCCACGCGCGAGUUGUCCAUGCAAACGUUUGGUGUGCUCAAGGAGCUGAUGGCGCAUCAUCAUCACACCUAUGGUCUGGUCAUGGGUGGUUCCAAUCGUCAGGUGGAGAGCGAGAAACUAGGCAAAGGCAUCAACAUUUUGGUGGCGACGCCGGGUCGUCUCUUGGAUCACUUGCAGAACUCACCAGAUUUCUUGUACAAGAAUUUGCAGUGCCUGAUUAUUGAUGAAGUGGAUCGUAUAUUGGAGAUUGGUUUCGAGGAGGAACUGAAACAGAUUAUCAAUCUGUUGCCCAAGCGCAGACAAACCAUGUUGUUCUCGGCCACGCAAACGGAACGCAUCGAUGCGCUGUCCAAACUGGCGCUGAAGAAGGAGCCCAUCUAUGUGGGCGUCCACGACAACCAGGAGACGGCUACAGUGGAGGGUUUGGAGCAGGGUUACAUUGUCUGCCCCUCGGAGAAGCGUUUGUUGGUGCUUUUUACGUUCUUGAAGAAGAAUCGCAAGAAGAAGGUCAUGGUCUUCUUCUCCUCGUGCAUGUCGGUUAAAUAUCAUCAUGAACUGUUCAACUACAUUGAUCUGCCAGUGACUUCCAUACACGGCAAGCAAAAGCAAGCGAAACGCACAACGACCUUCUUCCAAUUCUGCAAUGCCGAGUCUGGAAUUCUGCUCUGCACAGAUGUCGCAGCCCGUGGCUUGGACAUCCCGCAAGUUGACUGGAUUGUGCAGUACGAUCCACCAGAUGAUCCACGCGAAUACAUUCAUCGCGUGGGCCGAACAGCGCGUGGUUCAGGCACUUCGGGACAUGCGUUGCUGAUGCUGCGACCCGAGGAAUUGGGUUUCUUGCGCUACUUGAAAGCGGCCAAGGUGCCGUUGAAUGAGUUUGAGUUCUCAUGGCAAAAGAUUGCCGACAUUCAGCUGCAGCUGGAGAAACUCAUCUCGAAGAACUAUUUCCUGAAUCAGUCGGCUAAGGAGGCGUUCAAAUCGUAUGUGCGCGCCUAUGACUCGCAUCAGCUGAAACAGAUCUUCAAUGUGAACACACUCGAUCUGCAGGCGGUGUCCAAGAGCUUUGGCUUUUUGGUGCCGCCCGUGGUUGACCUCAAGGUGGGCGCUGCAAAACGCGAACGGCCAGAGAAACGUGUGGGCGGAGGCGGUUUCGGUUACUACAAGCAGAUGAACGAUGGCAACUCGAAGCAGCGUCACUUCAAGCAGGUUAAUCGGGAUCAGGCGAAGAAGUUUAUGCGUUAGUUAAUAAGUCCAAACUUAUAUAUGCUUUUAUAUAAUAUCAACUUGUAUACAUAUAAAUAAGAGAGUGUCUUCAUUUCGCCAAAAUUAA